CUAAAAAUUUCUCUGACCAAAUCGUAUAAGAUUUAAAAAACAUAGGACAUAUUUUGAAACUUUUUUCUGACGAUUUAAUCUGAUUGCCCAAAAUGAGCCGAAGAAAGAAGCAAAAGAUUGACUUGAAAGAAAGUGAUGAUAAAUCUACAAUAUCCGAAGAAAACAUUACAGGGGAUAAUCCGUCUGAUAAGAAAAAUACUACCCCAGACAAGAAGGUACCUUCGAAUGCUAAUACUUCCAAAGGGUCUAAAAAAGAUUUAAAAAAAGAGGAUGUUAAGAAAGACGAUGAAAAAAAGAAGGACCCAGAUCUAGAGUCAGAACCUGAUGAUCCUGUCAUCAGAGAUCUAUUUUCAGGCCUUGAAGGAGCAGCAUUUCAGAGCCGUAUGCCAUUCGACAAACUGACUUCUACCGAAGCAGCAUGCUUCCCGGACAUAGCACAAGCAGCCUUACAAACAGUUAAAGUUUAUCUCAAUAUUCGAAACAGAAUUUUACAAAUGUGGCUAGAAAAUCCCAAGCAGCAACUAAUAUUAGAGUACGCUAUAGAGAAACUUGAGCCUCCAUAUGAUAGUGACUUGGUUCUGGUGAAGAGAAUACAUGCGUUUUUGGAAAGAAACGGGUUUAUUAAUUUUGGAAUAUUCAAGAGAAUAAAACCGAUAGAACAGAAGAAGUAUGGGAAGGUAAUUGUGAUUGGAGCUGGUAUAGCUGGAUUAGCUGCUGCCCAGCAAAUGCAACAGUUUGGUCUGGAAGUAAUUGUUUUGGAGGCCAGAGACAGAGUUGGUGGAAGAAUUGCAACAUUUAGAAAAGGAAAUUAUAUAGCCGAUCUUGGAGCGAUGGUGGUAACAGGUCUUGGGGGAAACCCAGUUACCACAUUGAGCAAACAGAUUGAUAUGGAGCUGCAUCGAAUUCGACAGAAAUGCCCGCUAUAUCAAUCUACCGGAGUAACAGUUGAUAAAGAUAAGGAUGAAAUGGUCGAGAGAGAAUUCAAUCGUCUUUUAGAGGCUACAUCUUACUUAUCCCACCAGUUAGAUUUCAAUUAUGCUGGGAAUAAACCUGUGAGUUUGGGACAAGCCUUGGAAUGGGUGAUUAAGCUGCAAGAAAAACAUGUGAAGGAAAAACAGAUACAACAUCUGAAAGCCAUGAUUGCACUCCAAGAAAAGCUAACCUUGAAUCAGAAAUCUUUGGUGGAUGUUAAAUCUCAAAUCAAGGAAGCCAAUGCUAAAGUAAAGGAGUACGCUGCGAUGGAUAGAAAAAAUAUAGAGUUAGAGUUUGCCUAUCGGAGUGCAAUGAAAGACUUGAAUGAUUAUGUCAAGCAGUGGGACCAACUUCAGGAGCAAGCUAAGGAAAUAGAACAGAAGUUGAAGGAGUUGGAAGCGUCUCCACCAAGUGACGUGUAUCUUUCAUCGAAGGAUCGCCAGAUUUUGGACUGGCAUUUCGCCAAUUUGGAAUUCGCGAAUGCAACCCCCCUAUCCAACUUGUCGCUGAAGCACUGGGAUCAGGAUGACGACUUUGAAUUUACCGGGAAUCAUUUAACAGUACGAAAUGGAUAUUCAUGUGUACCUGUGGCACUUGCUGAAGGAUUGGACAUUAAGCUCAAUGCUGCUGUGAGGAAAGUCGAGUAUAGUAACAGUGGAGUGGAGGUCACAGUGUACAACCCUGAAAAUCCCGCAAUAACUAAUACUUAUCAUGCUGAUGUCGUCCUUUGUACCCUUCCCCUGGGAGUACUAAAGUUGAGCGCUACACCCUCCAGUAGCCAGCUGAAUUCCGUCCAAUUCAAUCCACCACUACCCGACUGGAAAAACUCAGCCAUACAACGUUUGGGCUUCGGAAACUUGAACAAGGUCGUGUUGUGCUUCGAGAGGAUCUUCUGGAAUCCCCAAGCCAAUCUCUUCGGUCAUGUGGGAAGCACCACUGCGAGUCGAGGCGAACUGUUCCUCUUCUGGAAUCUGUAUAAAGCUCCAGUGCUUCUUGCUUUGGUCGCUGGUGAGGCUGCCGCCAUAAUGGAGAACGUAACUGACGAUGUGAUUGUCGGAAGAUGCAUAGCUGUUUUGAGAGGAAUUUUCGGCCAAUCCGGGGUACCGCAGCCCAAAGAAACCAUAGUGACCAGGUGGAGAGCCGAUCCUUGGUCAAGGGGAUCUUACAGCUUUGUCGCGGUUGGAAGCUCUGGCAGCGAUUACGACCUUCUAGCUUCUCCUGUCAUUCCACCGAAUGCCCAGGGAGUGUCAGUGACAUCUGGACCGGCCCGAGUGUUUUUCGCUGGCGAACAUACGAUCAGGAAUUACCCGGCCACUGUGCAUGGCGCCUUCCUGAGUGGUCUCAGAGAGGCCAGCAGGAUUGCUGACCAGAUCAUUGGAAACCCUUGCCAUCCACAGCCAGCUGAAUAAUAUUUUUCAUUCAACAUAUCUCUGAGACACUGUUGAUUCAUUUCCUCAUUCAGAAGGGAUAUUUUCGAGUUAUUGUAGUUUUAAUUACAAUUUGACUCUUGUAAUGUUUCUUGAUAUCGAAUAAAGAGUUUCAAAAA